AUGUUGAAGCCCUUCCGGAUCAGGGAUCUCCAUAGAUCUGCAUCCCGAGUUCAGGAGGAGCCCUCGGAUCGUUCCAACAGCGCGGUUCAGAUCUCAGCUGUCGACUAUGAUCACCUCGCCUCAACCUAUCCCCGAGCAAGACUUAGUUAUCUUGACGACGACGAUGAUGACAAUAUUGAGGUCGGAUCCUCGCUAGAACUGUCCCAGCGCCUCGAUGAACCCGUUAACGUCGAAGCAAUCCAACUCUCCAGAAAUGACCCGACACCCAUGCAUCUCUUUGACAUUCGUCGAUCCAACUCGGUCACCGAGCUGUGGAAGCGAUUCGAGAAGCAAGAUUCCGACACUCCCGGGACAGAUGGAGUGAAAAGCAGCGUUGUUACUACGGAAGAAUACUCCAAUGAUAAGCCUGCCAGCAAUCAAGCACCAGCUACCUUGAGCACUGCAUCGGUUUUUACAUCCGGUGAGAAUCCUCUGUUGAGUGGAUAUGAGGCCGAGCUUGCAAAUCUAGCCAGCCAUGCCCGCCCAUACCUACCGAAGGGCUCGCAGCCAACUUCCUCGGCCGAUGCUGGGCCAAAUGCUCCCGGUGUAGCUACAGAGGAAUCGCAGCCGCUCAUGGCAGCAUUCGAGGCCGAAUUAGCGAGCCUUAUGGGCUCUACGGAUGACUCUACCACCAGAGGUCAGCAAACAGCGUCAUCGCCCCAGUCAGAUCAUGGUACAGACUCGACCUCGCAACAAACUCCUCACCCUGUCGAGAUCCUUGCAGCCCAAGUCAUCACCCAUCUAGCAAAUGGCGCUAAUAUGGUCCACUCGGAAUUCGCCGCAAGAUUGCCAGAACUGCAGCGUCAGUUACACGAUGCGCGAGAACAGUUACGAGAUGCGCAGAGAACUCUACCCGAAAAUGUCAGAAUGUCGCUGCAUACUCUUCUCGCCACGAUUGAAGCUCAGAUGAAAGUUGCACUGGGUAGUCUGCCUACAGGAGGGCGUCAAUUUGCAGAAGAAGCAUUACACGCUGGAAGGCCCGUGGCCGAGAACGCUGCAGAUGGAUUUCGCACGAUUGCCUCUGACUUUAGUGAGUUCGGGAAGUCAUUAUACGCUGCGUUCGAAGAGGAAUUUGGACGGGCUGUCUUUGCACCCAUAAUUAGGAGCCCUAGUGCACCUAGCACCACUGGUGCUGCGGCCUCAUAUUCUGCAAAUGAUUGUCCUCCUCCGUCAGAAUCUACCUCUCAGAACGCUGAAACACAGCCCAUGGACUCGAAAAGAGAAGUUCCAGUUGCUGGUCAAACCCCGGUGUUUACUCACGAAACUAUUAAUGCUUCUGCCGUGCCAUCGGAACCUGAGAAUUCCAAGCAAGGUGCCCAGGCGGAUAGACACUUUCCCCUCCGUUAUCACCGAGGCCCUCAUGUACAUAUGAGACCUCCGCAUUCCGGAAGCCCACCCCAAUGGGUUGGUCCACCCCCACAUCCAGCCCAUUGCGGACAUCCUCCGCCUCCCCCCUUCUGGCCAUCUUUAGGCCAUCUGCCAUGGAAUUUCCCUCCUACUCGCCAUGGUUACCACCAUCCAGUACCUCCGCCCCAUCCUCGCCCACCUCCUCCGCCACCAUACCCAGGCCGAUGGCCCGUUCCUGACUCCUUUGGUCAUUUAUUCAACACACCCAACAACCAUCACAACAAAAACCAUCCAUCCAGUGUGGAUAUUCCUUCGAAGCAUGCUGAUCUGCGGCCAGAAGGCGAGAAUAAAACAUUGUUCAUUGGGAAUAUCGGUUUCAAUGUGUCAGAAAAGAUGAUCGAAGAUGUCUUCGCUUCGAAGGGAUUUAUCGUGAAAGUUGACCUUCCGUUGGAUGCCACUUCGGGUAAACACGCGGGCUUUGGAUACUUGCAUUUCCCAUCAAAGUAUCCAGCCAUGGCUGCAAUAGAUGCACUUCAAGGUGAACGUAUUGAUGGCUAUGCGAUCAACCUCGAGUUUAGCGAGAACGCACCUAUUGAGAACGUCCUCGCAACAUCCAACUCGAACUCCGAUGGGACUCCCCAUAAUGAUGUGCAAUUUGGCCCCAAGCAAACCAACUCCGGCUCUCUUCGACAAAAUGGCUCCAUCAAGCGGCGGAAGUCUCCGACCUCGCAAAUGGAAGAGGCUAGCAAUAUCAACUCGUCAAAUGUUCCUCCUCGAGUUGGAUCGCCUCAGCUGAUUGAUCUAUCAUUUGAAGACGCUUCUGGCUCCGCUUGCGACUCCUCGCGUCAAGUGAAGAAUGAUUCAGAACAUGAACAAGCCAAUGAAGACGAAGCCUUUUCGAAUUUCAAUCCCGAGAAAGAAAUGAGUCGAUUCCCGCCUGUCUCUCAGUUAGAAGCACAACUUCUCGCAAAGCAUCACCAAGAUCGUGCCACUCCUGCGAGUAUACAUAGUGAUCCAGCCAUGGAAUCCCCUCUGCGAAGAUCACUUAAUACUUCUAGUGUUCAUGAGAUACGCCCCCUUGUCCACCCUUCUCUUGAGGAAAUGAGGUAUGACUCUGGCCAACCAAAUCCUUCUGCUUCGGUGGGAACACCUCUUCGUCGUUCGAGUACCAUGGUGUUCUCGCACCCCAGGCUCCAGCAUCCUGUUCCCUCGGAUGAUGCGACCUAUCCCAGAUUGAAGCGACAUGCAUCCGAGCGGCAUAGCCUUCGGCCGAGUACCGAAACAGAUACCUGGGCAAGGCUUGACAGAAGGGAACGCCGCCGCUCGAGGCCGUUGUCCGAGCAGAGCAUUCCCGGAAGCUUCCCUGUUGGGGAAACAACUCAACCUUCGGCUAGUCAGGAACCUGAAGGCCUCAAUACAUCUGAAAUCGAGGCUUGCGUCUCCUCUCUUAUCGAUAUGGGCUAUGGCACCGCCGAAGAGGGUGGACGGUCUCGGAUGGCAGUGUAUGCAGCUGCAUCAAAUGGCAGUCUUCUCGACGCCAUUGAAAUGAUCGAGGAGGAGAGGAAGGUGUAUGCCAAACACGAUCAGGUUUAA